GUGAAGGAGGCGCUGCAGGAAAAUGGCGGCAUCGAAUAACCCGCGGAAAUUCAGCGAAAAGAUCGCGCUCCACACCCAGAAACAGGCCGAGGAGACGGCCGCCUUCGAGGAGGUGAUGAAGGACCUGAGUAUCACCCGGGCAGCAAGGUUACAGUUGCAGAAAUCUCAGUAUUUACAGUUGGGACAGGGUCGGGGUCAGUACUAUGGAGGCUCCCUUCCCAACGUCAACCAGAUUGGGAGCACCACUCUGGACCUCCCUUUUCAGACUCCGUUCCAGUCAUCUACCUUGGACACUAGUAGAUCAACCAGGCAUCAUGGCUUGGUUGACCGGGUCUACAGGGAUCGAAAUCGACUAGGAUCACCACACCGCCGUGCCAUUCCUAUUGACAAACACGGGCGCCAGGCAGACAGCUGUCCAUAUGGUUCGGUCUAUCUGUCGCCCCCAGCUGACACCAGCUGGCGAAGGACCAAUUCAGAUUCUGCUCUGCACCAGAGCACGAUGAAUCCCACUGCACAGGAUCCAUUUAAUGGGGGUUCCCAAGAAACACAAGAGCAGCACAAGCGAGUGUUAUUACUAACGGUUCCUGGGAUGGAAGAGACUACGUCUGAGACUGAUAAAUCACUAUCCAAACCGCUGUGGGACAACAAAAAGUCUGUAUCCUCACGGCCUAAAUCAUGUGAAGUCCCAGGGAUCAAUAUUUUCCCAUCUGCAGACCAGGAAAGUACCACAACACUGAUGCCUGUUGCUCAUAACACUGGAGGAUCCCUGCCAGAUCUCACAACCAUUCAUUUCCCACCACCUCUUCCUACUCCACUAGAUCCAGAGGAGUCUACGUUUCCACCCUUGAGCAGUGCAAACAGCACUGGAAAUCUGGCAGCAAAUAUGAACCAUCUAGGCCUCAAUAGCAGCAGCCAGGGUCUGACAUCAUCACAGGGGUCACUGACAGGGUCUCUCCAGAACCGACAAUCAACAGUGACACCUCUCUCUUUACCAGUCAGCACAGACUCGCGGAGACAACAGCAACAACUUCAGCUAUCACCAGCUCUCUCCCCACUCUCUCCAAUCACACAGGCUGUUGCUAUGGAUGCAUUGGCAUUGGAGCAGCAACUUCCUGCAUAUCGAUUUUUCACGCAGCAGACUACACAGCCACAGUCUCAGAGUUCCAGUAACCUGGUUCAGAGCUCACAGUCACAGCAGCAAAGUUCUGGCCAACAACAGACAGCUACAAUGCCACAAUCCCCGCCAAUGAACCAAACGCAGGCACCAAUAGGAAUGGAUAUUAGCACGGCUUCCCUCCAUCAGUACCGCAGUAAUGCUGGAUCUCCAGCCAACCAGUCUCCCACCUCCCCUGGAUCCAAUCAAGGCUUCUCUCCAGGCAGCUCCCCUCAAACAUCCAUACUUGGCAGUGUCUUUGGAGAUUAUUAUGAUCAGCAGCUUACAAACAGACAGGCCAACUCCCUGUCUCAUCAGCUUGAACAAUUCAAUAUGAUUGAGAGCCCGAGCAGCACCAAUAGCUUGUACAGCCAAAUCUCAACUUUGAACUACUCACAAGCAGCAAUGAUGGGGCUGACGGGGAGCCAUGGAAGUCUGCAGGACUCACAGCUCAGUUAUACCAAUCACGGAAAUAUCCCCAACAUCAUUCUGACUGUUACAGGAGAGUCUCCCCCCAGCCUGUCAAAGGAGCUGACCAAUUCGCUUGCAGGUGUUGCAGAUGUGACCUUUGAUACCGACUCCCAAUUUCCUCUUGAUGAAUUGAAAAUUGACCCCUUGACAUUGGAUGGUCUGCACAUGCUGAAUGAUCCGGACAUGGUGCUGACGGACCCUGCUACAGAGGAUACUUUCCGCAUGGAUCGUCUGUAGAAAAGGACUUUGAGACCUAAGACAAAUCGGGGAAGCAGGCCAAAAACCCGCCAGGGAGCGGAAAUUAAGUGAAUGAGUACAAUUAAUGGAAUGAUAUUAAAGUGAGAGCGUAACGUGCAAUGAAUUCCGCUUCUUGUUCCAAGCUUGCAACUCUGCGAUCCUGAAUGAACCAAGUAUAGCGCUUUCAGCUAUGUGGCGCACUCCUUCAUUGCAGCGUUUCAUUGACUCCAUCACGUCCCCAGGCCUCUUGUUUUAUUUUCCGUUCUCCUAUUUAUAUUGUCCUCAUGGUAACGGUGGGCUGUCGGUGCAUCGUUAUUUUUGGCAGGUUUACGUGUAAUUUGGAGUCUACCUAUGAGGUAACAACUGACAGUAAAACUCAGCAGCUCCAGGCCAGCAGUACGGUGAUGUUAUUAUUUGUCCUGAAGUCACCAGCUCCACUUCUUUCGGUGCGCUGUUGCCAUUGUAUUUUCUGUGCUGCUUGAUUCUUAUUUAUAUUUUUAUAUUUGUCUGUGAUUUCUUUCUCUUGCCCCAUUCCUUUUCGCUGUGCUUGUGUUCAGCAAAAGCCACUGCCUUGUUGUAUGUUGCUAAGAAAGUGAACAAGAGACUGAUCUGACACAAGAGCUAAGUGCAUGGACAGAAAUUGUAUUACAGCCAAUAUUUAGAGGGGCACGCAUUCUUGCUCCUGUUUGUGUCCCUUUCAUUUAUGUUUUUCCAUCAGAUUUUAAAAAGGAAUGUUGACAAUGUGUGCCGGUCGGGGAUUAGUUUGCUGCCAGCUCCUUCCACGAGAAACCAAAUGUUCUCACCUCCCUCCGAUCAGCUGUUCCGGUUCUCAGUCAGUCCCACCACCAAUGUCAAACUUCAGAUGGCUCUAUAAACGCCCUCUCUCCAGCAGGCACCUAUCCCUUCUCUGCAAUGUUUGUGAAGUAUAUGUGCUGUUAUGCUGCUUAAAUGCCUCUCCCUAUGUGGCAUUCAUUCAUUCUCAGUCCCUACAGCCAGCCAUUGUGUGGCCAACAACACACACUAUAUUUCACUGUUAUCUCUGACCACUGAAUUGAGAGAAAAGGCAGAAAUACUCAUUUGAUAUUCCUUAGGAAGGAAAGGUUCAAUGCCAGCUGCUGGAGGGAUGUGCGAUAAUCAUACUGCCCAACAGUGGACCUGCGUAGUUUUUCACCAUCUUUGCUGCCGUUUUUAGUCGUAAGUGUAGAGAGAGAGGGCUGUCACUAUCACUACAUGCUGUGGAAUUUGUUCCCAGUGCAUCCACUACAAGUCAGGACUCUCAAACCUUACCUGCACAAGUUAAUUAACUUUCACAACAGAAUCACAUUUAAGUUCAAGACACUAAGCUGGUACUGAUCUGUGUAGCCACAUGUCAUUUCUGGCAAACUUGGUCCCACUAAUGUUUUAUGAAAAGAACACUAAAUGGCUACUGUAUCCUACAGACUUCAUAUAAAGUCCUGAGAAUAUUUUAGCUGCAUUUUCUGAUCAGAAGAAUGAUGUAGCAAGAUCCGUCAGUACUAACAACAUAUUCUGGAGCACAUGUUGAACAGCAAGCAAUUAGGAAAGCAAAUUGCAAAGAGAUUGGUGUACAUAUUGAGAAAUCUUUGCUGCAAUUGUGUUAGGGUAUUAUUAAGGGCACACCUGGAAAAGUAUGCGCAGUUUUGGUCGCCAUAUUAAAAAACAAUGUGCUUGCUUGUAGACAACGUAGAGAAAGUUUACUGCACUGGUUCCUGGAUUUGAAAAGUUUGUCCAGUUAUGAGAGGCUGAGUUGAAUGAACUUAUUUUCUCUGGAAUCUAGAAGAGUGAGAGAUGAUUUAAUUGAAACUUGCGAGAUUUUGAAGUUCCUUAAUAGGUUUGACUCUGAAAAGUUGUUUCUCCCUGAGUGGGAAAACUAGAACAGAGGGGAACAGUUUCAGGGAACAAUGCUAAACAUUUAGGACUUAAAUGAGCAAUUUCUUCCUGCUGACGGUUGGGGAUCUCCAAGAGUUGUUGCUUCUCUAUUAAAUGUGCUCAAGAAGGUAGACAGAUUUUUUGAGCUCUUGGGGGCUUGUACAUAGGGAGAGAGUGGAAAAGUGGAAUUGAGACAGAAAUUUGGAUAUGAAUCAUUUAAAUAGCCGAGUAGUCUUGAUGGACCACGUGAUCUGCCACUGUUCUGACUUGUGACUCCUGCUCUCUUCCUCUGUCCUAGCCUUGAUGAAACACAUGCAUGCACCUCACACAUACUUCAACGUAUUUGUGUUAAUCUUCUGCCUCUGUAGCUGCAGCACUCUAGACUACAUUCAACUUGCUAAAUGGAAGUUAUUUUUCUUGAAUAAUUAUAUAUCCUCUCACGUAGGGAGUUCAGAACUACACGACAAAUCAAACUCACGAGAUAGCCGUACUGUUCAGCGUGAUGUCAGGAAGCACCUAUUCACACAAAGGGGAAUGGGAAUCUGAAACACUCUCCCCUCAAAUCAUUUGAAGCUUUCUGGACUGAGGUUGAUCUGUAAUUGAGCCAGUGUAUCAAGAUGUCUGGGAAAUAGAUUUGAGAUAUUGAUCAGCCAUUACUUUUUCCUUACUGGGGUGUAAACAACAGAAUAACCUUGAGGGGCUGAAUGACCAUCUGCUGUUCCAGUGUUCCCACAUUAGCACAAGGCAGGUUUUGAAGUUUUGAUAGCUGUGCCUGGAUCAACAUGUGAUAACAAGAUUGUUCAGUUGCACAUACGCAACAGCUGAUCUCCUGAGAGUCCAGUGCUUUGUGUAUUUUGUGUAGAAGCCUUAGAGUAUUGAAUAUUCCUACCUUAAGACAAUAUCUAGAAACAAACACGGAGCCCACUGGUUUACUACCUUCUUCCAGUCAGGAGAAUUUCCCCAUCCUGGGUAUGAAUGUCCAGGCCUCUGCUGGUACCUGCCAACACGAUACUGCAGCUGUAGGAGAUGGCAGCAUGUGCUUCUGUGUGUCUGCAUGCUUCCUGGUGCUCGGCUAUGCUUGGAAUGUUGAGUGAAGUCUGUAAUCACAGCCAGUACUACCCUGAACUUGUUAUUGUGCAGAAUGUGUAUUUUAUUUUAGAAAUUUGGUAGUUGCCUCAUUUGAUAUCAGUAAAGUGUUAAUUCAGAACUUUGUAAUGGGGUAAAUCUAAGCAGUCUGUAUCAUGAGAGAUCUUGAACUUACAUUUUUUUAGUUAAAAUAAAAUCAGGUUAAUAGUUCAUUAAUUAUUUAAUAUAGCUUAUCAAUUAAUUUAGUUCCAAAUUUGAAAUGUUGGUGGGUCUGUGUUCCAAAAUUGAUGUCCAAAAUUAGGAGUAUGAGGCCUAAAUUAGGGAAAAGAUAUGAAAAGGUUGAUAAAAUGUUAUACAGAAGUAAAGUCUCUAAUCUUUAUAUUUCCUAUCAUUUCUAACACUGCAAACCGACCAUGUUUUGCAUCAUGUGCAUCCCCUGUAUGAAUUGUAUCUGUUCAUCUCUUUAAUGUUUUCCCACUGUACUUCCCUUGCUACUGAGAGUCUAAAUCAGUGAGAGUUGUUGAAUAUAAAGUUCCUGUUUAAUUCAGUUCUUUAAAACCAGAUUCUCCUUAGUUGUAUUUGCAAAUGUGAUGACAGCUAGGACAGGUAUAUCAGGAAUACAGUCUUAAUGAAGAGCUGCAUUACUCAUACACCUGUGCAUGGUUUACUUUUGGUGUAUUUUUGGAAAGCUGUUGGUUGUCUUGCUGGGAUUAGUGAGAGUGUUAAUCCAGAGUCGUGUAUUCUUGUUCCUUGAUGCUCUUGUGCAAGCAAUAUACACAAAGACUUGUUUUGAUUGCUGCUGCUAUAGUAGUCAUUUUGGCUCUUCUUCCCUAACUUCUUGCUCCUGCAGAUCCUGAGGUUGAGCAGCCUGGAAAGAGAGAGAGAUUCCAGACAUUUUGCGUAUAGUAGGGUGGAUUUUGUCUGCAGUGUGUUAGUGUUAUUGAUGCUGCAGAGAAUGGAUUUUCUUCUAAGAGAAUGUUGCUCAUGUGGAGAGGUUGGUCUUGUUUUCACACCCUUUUCUUCUGCCUAGAUCCUGAGUUUGGAGACUCUGAGAGAUCUUUCCAGAAGUGUGAAUGUGUUCAAGUGAAUGCAAACAAAUCACAAGAAUUGCGUAAAAUCAGAGCCCAUUUGUUAUGAAUAAUGAGCUAGUGUAGUGCAUUUAGGUUGACAGGCUUGCAUAUGUACGUUUUGGUGCAAUGGGGAGAAGACAUACAACUAAGUUGCAUAAUUCAAAAUAAUCAUGAUGUGCAAAAACUUUCCUCAGAAAUUCUUCUUGGUCUAUCUUUAGAGAGCGAUUUAGUGAGAGUAAAGUCAUUGGUGUUUGUGAAAGAGGGCUGAGAUUGUGAUGUGCAGAAGUUGGAGAUUUCCGAAGCCCGUACUGUUAAGGGAGGAGGAAGAACAAGACUCGCAGACUUAAUCAGGAGUUAAGAGGUUAAUUCAAUGGCAUUAUUGGUAGGUAUAGUAUCUAUAAUCAAAGGGAAUAUUUUACUUAAUCAAACUGCCAUGCACACAAUUAUUGUUAUUACAGAAGACCGUAAGGGAUAAGAACAGAAAUAGGCCAUUCAGUCCCUCGAGCCUGUUUUACUGAUCCAACAUUCCUCAAGUCCACUUUAAUGCAUUUUCCCAUAACCUUUUAUUUCCCCUUGCUGAUCAAGAAUUUGUGUUGAUCUUAAGUAAGCACAAGGAUUCUGCCCCCACAGCUAUCUGUGGCAAGGGGUUCUAAAGACACACAAUCCCCUGAGACAAGAAAUUCCACCUCACUUAAGACAAAUUGGCGCUCUUUUAUUGUGAGACUAUGCCCUCUGGUCCUAGACUAUCCCACUAGGGGAAACAUCCUCUCAGCAUCUACCCUAUAAAGCCCCUGAAGAAUCAGAUAUGUUUCAAUGAGAUCACCUCUCAUUUUUCUAAACUCAUUUUUCUAAAGUGAGUAGAAUCCCAACUUGUUUAACCUUUGCUCAGAAGACAAUCCAUCUAUAUCAGGGAUCAUCCAAGUGAACCUUCCUUGAACUCCCUCCCUUGAAAUGAUAUCUUUCAUUAAAUAAUACAUUUGGCAUAUUCUAUACAGGUCUUAACAUAAGAGCUAGGGAACAGUAGUGAUUGGGGCAGGAGAUGUCUGGAGGAGGGCUGAGUAAGAACAGUAACAACAAGCAACUCUGUCUGAAAGUGGUGGAAGCAAAGAUGAAGCUAUUCCCCAGACCUUUAUGUUAAUGAUUUAGGUGUGCAGUGCAUAAUUACAAAAUUGUAGUUGACAUGAAAAUCAGAAAUGCUGCAAACAAUCAGAUGGGUAUUAACUGAGGAAGGUGAAAUGAGACAACACGUGGCAGAUUAAAUCCAAUGCGCAGAAGUAUGAAGGAAGAGUGCAAAAUAAAGGCCAGAAUGUAUGUGUACACAAUUCUUUAAAGGUGACAGAGCAAGUUGAGAUGUUUGUUUUAGCAAAGUAUAUAAGGGUCUUUGGCAUUGUUAAUAAUGGAGCACGGAUGCCAGGGGGUCAUGCUAAAAUGAUAUAAACCAAUUGUUCGGCCCUAGUGGGAGGACAUGGUAGAUUUUGGACCCUGCACUUUAGGAAGGAUGCCUAAACCUUGACAAGGAAUUGCAGAUGAUUUACAUGAAUGGUAUCGGCAAUGAGGGACUUCAGUAGUUAAUGUGGAGAGACUAGGAUUGUGCAGAGGGGAUUAGGAGAAGACUUGAUAGAAAUGUUCAAAAUUAUGAAUGAUCAGAAUAAAUAAGGAAAAAACUGUAUCCAGUGGCAGAAAGAAGCUCACAUCACCUUGAUAACCAACAACAGUCAGCAUGAAUUUCAAAAGGGAAUACUCUUACUAAAUGAAUUUACUGAGCAAGUCAUAGAGAGUAGAUGAUGGUAGUCAGCGGAUUGAUUUAUCUAGAUUUUCAAAAAGUCUUUGGUAAGAAACUAAUUAAUAAUUUCCAAACAUGUGGACAAGUGGCAGAAUCGAUUCAGUACAAGCACACAGUGCGAGUAACGGGUAAUUAUUCAAAGUAACAUUCCACAAGGAUCGGUUCUGAAAGCACUGUUCACAAUUUCCAUUAACAUUUAUAUCUAUAACUAGGAUCAAAGCUUAAAAAUAAGCGGUCAGCCAUUUAAGACAGGUGAAGCAUUUUUUUUCAGAGGGUUGAGAGUCUUUGAAAAUCCUUUUCCCAAAAGGCAGUGGAUGCAGAAUCUUUAAACAUAUUUUAAGACAUGGAUAGGUAGAUUCUUGAUUCCCAAGAAGAUGAAAUAUUAUUGGCAAUAUGUAGGAUUGAGGCUAAAAUCAGAUCAGCCACAAUCUUCUUGAAUGGUACAGCACUGCAAAUGCUGGAGAUACCGAGUCGAGUGUGUGUUGCUGGACCACACCAGCACCCCACACUUGAAUCAGAAAGUUAAAUGGCCUACUCUUGGUCCUUGUUUUGUAUGUGAACACUUUGGACUUCGAAAUCAAAAAUUCAACUUCCAAAUUUGUGGCUGACUCCAACUAAAAGGAACGUGAAUACUUGGGGGGGGGGGGGGUUAACGCAUUACAUUGGGCUUUAAUAUCGAAUAGGAAGUUAUUGGCAAAUGAAGUUUGGUGCAGUUAAAUGAUGAGUAUAUUUUGGUAGGAACGAUUGGGAGGUCACUUAUUACUUGGAAGGUGGAAGUCAAUGUUGGCAGAGGAACAAAGGGAUCUUGAAUUACCAAGAUACGAGUCACUAAAAGAUGGUGCUACAGGGGGCAAGACUAUAUUAAAAGCGAGUUCCUCUUCUAGAGGAUAGAAUUGAAAAGUCAUGAAAUUAAUGCUAAAUCUAUUUUGAACUUAGUUCAGCUGAGUGUACUGUGGGCAGGUCUGAUCACCAUGUAAUGAAAGCAAUACAAUAGCACUGUAGAGGUUGCAAAGUGGAUUUCCAAGCUUGGUGCCAGCAAUGUGACAUUUUACAAAUCAAGAAAGUAUUGACAGGGUGGGGUUAAAAGGCCAAGGAAUGACCUAAUCGAGGUUUUUGAAUGAUGAAAGGUUUCAGUGAGUGGAUCCAGAGAGAAUGUCCCUUCCUAUUGGAAAUAGUAGCACGGGAGACUGUCAAGUUAAGGUCGUCACCAAGCAAUCUAAUUGGGAAUUCAGAAGAAUCAUCACCCAGAGAGUGGAAAGAAUGGGGAGCCAUUUGAAGCAGUUGUUGAAGCCAAUAUGAGAAGUUGGACAAACAAAUGAACAGUAAAGAAAUUGAGUAGGAUAUAUUUAGUUGAGAAAAGAUUGGAGGUGACUUGAAUGAAGCUGAAACACCAGCAUAGAUUGUUUGGGACAAAUUGUCUGUUUCUGUGACAUGUUUAAUGUGUAAUUUAGAGUAGACAGUAAAUGCUAAUCUUGCCAGACUUAACUAUCAUACUUUUUUUUAAAGAAUUGUCAGUAACCAGAGGAUAUAGAUUUGAGGCAAAGAAUCACUGACAAUGAGGAAACAUCAUGCCAUGCAACGAAUUCAAAAAUGAACCUGUUAAACAUAAAAGGAAUUAGAUUACAGGGAAAAUAGGAAAGAGAAGGAAUGGAAUUAAUCAAAAAGACUGCCAAUGGGCUGACCCAGGUCGUGUGAGCUUAAUGGUUUAGUGUGCUGUAUCAUGGUCGCAAAAUUAUCAGAUUGCCUGCUGAUGUAGUCCUUGUAAUCAGCAUUAACUUACCUAUCCCAUCCAUCAAAGGUAGACUGAUAUGUCAUUCAUUCUGGCUUUUCUCAACUCUUACUCCAUACCCACCCAGCUAUGGCAUGUGUACCACACUGCUUCCAGUGACUGGUGUAGUCAGACAUUAGCUGGACUUCUGUUUCUUCAAAGCUGUAUCAUGUUUAGUGAAGGUUUGUUUUUGAGAUUGUUGGAUGCUACCCAGAAAAUUCUAGGUCAAAGAUUGCAGUUGUGUAUUUUUCUACUUGAGUAAUUUCUGUGCAUCCACUGCCGGGAAUUAUACCAUAUAGCAUACAUGAAACUGCACUGCCCAGGGUUCUUCUAUGCAAGGUACAGUGCCUUACAGUGCAUUACCAUGCAGUGCAAGAGCUAAUACUGGGAUGACCCAUGCAACACCAGGAAGAGCCAAGUGUGCCUUUAACUUGGAAGCUGUGGAUUAUACCAGGGUAUUCUGUUACAGAAAGUGGUUAAUUUCUCACCCUGCCUAUGGCAUUCUUUUGGGUUUGCUUUAUAUUAAGUUCAUGACAAAGCUGAUGUAUGUUGCUGAUUUUUUGGUUCAGUUUAAAGCUAUUAUUGUAUUUCUUUGAUCUGAAAGGAUCAUUGUAAAUUAAGGAGCCUUGCCCAUGAAGUUAUUCUUACUACAGUUCUCAGUCACUUAGAAAUCCAUAAUGCAGUUCUUCACAUUGAAUACUAAACUAUUUUGCUUCAAUAUGUUGAAAUUGGGAAAGAUUCUUGUGCUGUAAUCUCUCUGAAAUUUUCUAGGCGUAUUUUAAACCCUGCUUAGAGGAUUACACCUAAAGAGUCUGGGUGUAACAUUGAACAGAAGAGUUAAAAUAAUUUGGUGUUUCUUUUUGAUUGAGUUUUUACGUUAGAUUUUGGGCUAUGAGGUAAUUUACAGUUGGUCUAGACUUGAGAGUGUAAAGUUUUCUCCUCAUCUCCAUUUCAUAAGAAAACGUGGCAUUUGUACCAAAAUUUCUCUCUAGAAAUUCAGAUCUUUGUGAAUGGAUGUUUAUGAAAAUGGACCGGAAACAGUACAAACCUCUCACAGAUGCUCAGGAAAUAGAAAACAGCUCAUUGAUGUCAAACUUCUUCGCCUUAACUCUAGUUGUAUUCUUUAUUUUAACCUUUUUUAAUUAUCUUUACUUUCAAGAGUCCACAUAGUCAUUUUUUUGCUAAGAAAUUUCACAAUAAGGUGAAUGUUCAUUGAGGAUCUUCUAUAAUCUCAUCACCCUGAAAUAAUUGACCAUUACUGAGAGAAAGAGACCUGCUGUCAAAACUUUUCAUUUUGAUCUGUGAAUGCCAAAUUUUUAAUAGGAACAAUUUAUGCUGCAUGAGGAAGGGGGCAAUCAACAGAUUGCCGUGGAGAAUGCAUUAUUAUCCCUACACCUUUCCUUAAUUUAUUAAGAGGCGCAAUGCUUAGGCUUGUUCAUUUUUCUUGUGUCUGUCCUGAUGAGAAGCUUUGACAGUAUGUUGCUUUUUCAACAGUACUUGAGCACUGUAUAACAAAGCGAUAAUUGAAAUGAUUAUUCAAGUUAGGAUACACUUGUUUGACUUGAAGAUAACCUCUCCAACUUCCAAAUUAGCAGGUAUACACACCAAAGCUUGAGCAAUUGUCACACACACACUCAAAAAAUUAAUUGGCAGCAAAGUUUUUCUUUCCAUAGAAAUGCAGCAAAGCAGCUUCCCCAAGGAUGUCAUUUUAAUCAGAUUCCGUCCAUGAAUCUGUCAACAUUUAUUUAUUUUUCUGAUGUCUUGGUUUUUUAUAAAUAAACUUGGAAAUUUUGAAAUGGAUUUCAGGUAUAAUGCAAACCAUAACUUGUACUGACUGACUGUCAAAGGAUCUUCAUUUUAACUUGUAAAUGUUUUUUAAAGUUUGUUUGUGUGAGGCUUCUGUCUUUGUAAAUGAAAUGUAAUUAAAGUUCAACAGUUUUCUGCU